GAUAGAGGUACCUACAAGUAGGUACCUAGCCACGGACACCGACCGAUCCGAGGUGUUACACAUGAAUAUAGUAGGGAUGUAUCCUAUCUACGUCCUACUUAGGUACCCCUCAGGUAAGUACCUAGGAUAGCCCUCAUGUUGAUUGUUACAACCAUUCACUUCCAAUUGCAUCGCGAUUGUCUCAUCAUGUCCGCCCCGCACAUCGUCCAGUUAGCCUUGCGUAUAGCCUCCAAUACUACCAAGGUGAGCGAUUACUUAGUUGCCAAUAACCUUCCACAGCCAUCAUUCGAUUUGAAUACACCUCUUCAUGGGGCAGUACCAAAGGAUGAGCCCGAGAUUCAAGCUCUGCGUCAGUCCGUCCUCGCAGACACUGCUGAGCUGCGGGAUCUCAUGCUUGGCCCAAGAGACUACCUACUCAGCUUCGUCCACAAUAGCCUCCUUCCACAGCAGGCAGUAACGCGCUUCGGCCUGGCCCGAAACCUUCCUGUCGGGAGUGAGACGUCGUUUGCGGAAAUGGCUAAAUCGUCUGGUCUAAGCGAGAGCAAUGUCCGCAAGCUAGUGCGAUGCGCAGUCGCGCAGAGGAUCUUCGAGGAACCCCGGCCGGGGGUAGUCGCGCACAGCGCCGCGUCGCGACUGCUGGCCGAAGAUCCUGGCGUCCAUGACUUUGUUGCCACGUGCUCGGAUGAACUUUGGCAGGCGGCGGCCCAGACCUGCAAUGCUAUGGCCAAGUACCCCGGCUCUGAAGAGCCCACGGAAACUGGGUUCUCCUUGGCGAAUAAUACCGACAAGCCUAUGUAUGAGUUCCUGUCGGAUUACCCCGAGCGUUCUAGUCGGUUCGCAAAUAUGAUGCGGAGCUUUACAGAGGGAAGACCCUUUGACCUCAAGUACGUCACCGACUUUUAUCCUUGGGAAGAGCAUAGCCGCGGUACUGUCGUGGAUGUUGGUGGCUCUCAAGGCUUCGUGUGCGUGGCACUUGCUCGCAAGUUCUCUUCCAUGUCCUUCGUUGUCCAGGACCUUGAGCCUGUCAUUACAGAGGCCAAGGAGAAUGUACCUCCAGAUGUUGCUAGUCGGGUAUCGUUCAUGACCUACGACUUCUUCACACCGCAACCUGUCUCGGGCGCAGAUGUAUACUUCUUCCGAUGGAUCUUCCACAAUUGGUCAGACAAGUACUCUAUUAAGAUCCUCAGGAAUCUCAUUCCCGCUCUGAAACCGGGCGCCAAGAUCGUCGUCAGUGAUGCAGUGUUGCCGGGACCGGGCGAGAUGCCUAAGGGUAUGGAGGUCCGGAUGAGGAGUUUUGACUUGGUCAUGACUUCGAUACAGAACGCGAAGGAGAGGGAAUUGAGCGACUGGGCUGAACUAUUCCAGAACGCAGAUGAGAGAUUCGAGUUUGUAGGGGCAACAUGUCCGCCUGGCUCGAAUCUUUCCUUAUUGGUGGCAGUCUGGAAAGGCAGCUAAGUUCCUGAAACCUUGCGAAAUUCAUGACUAGACGUCUAAUUAUUAAAAAAAAUUCGGGCUUAGAAUUUUCGCACUUUUAAGUACUUCCAUAUUCAGGGGUUAAAACCAUGUAGAUUGAAAAAUUAUCGUACUGUGAUCCAGA